GGUGGCGAAACACAUAGGGCAGUAAGAGUGGAGGAUGGAGGCCAGAAGGAAGCACAACUGUUUUAUAUUUCUGAACGUGUUUGUUGCCUAACAAACAGACUCAGAACGCAGCCCACAACGCAAGUAAUUCCUUCUCUCUCACAGGAAUCUGAGUUUUCAGCAAUGGACUCUCUCUCAGCAUCAAACGGUAGUUUUACCCUCGACCUUUUCAAAAAGCUGAAUGAAUCUUUUAAAGGCCAAAACAUUUUCUUUUCCCCUUGGAGUAUUUCAUCUGCUCUGGCCAUGACUUAUGUGGGGGCAAAAGGUAACACUGCAACACAGAUGGCUGAGGUGCUUCAUUUUAAGAAAACAACAAGAACCGGAGAAGGCUGUUUGCAGGUGACAAGAACUUCUCGUGGGAGGCCAAAGAAAAGGAAGAUGGUAUCUGAGGACUGCAAAGCUGAAGACAUUCAUUCUGAGUUCCAGGCAUUAAUCUCUUCAAUCAACAAACCCCAAAAUUCUUACUUGCUUAAAACUGCCAACAGACUGUAUGAGGAACAGACUUUCCAGUUUCAUAGUGAAUAUGUAGAAUUCGUUAAAAACUAUUACCAUGCACAGCCCCAAGCAGUUAACUUUACAAAAGCUGCAGAACAAGCCAGAAAAGAAAUCAAUUCCUGGGUAGAAAGCCAAACUGAGGGGAAAAUCCAGAAUCUGCUGCCUAGAGGUGCUGUUGAUUCCAACACCGUACUGGUCCUGGUUAAUGCCAUUUAUUUCAAAGGAAAGUGGGAAAAGAGAUUUCUGAAUGAAAACACGUCUGAGAAUCCCUUCAGACUGAGCAAGACCAAGACUAAACCAGUGCAGAUGAUGUUUCUAAAAGAUAGAUUUCCAAUAUGCUACUUGGAAACAAUGAAGGUUAAAAUUGCUGAGCUUCCAUACGUCAAUAAUGACCUCAGCAUGCUCAUCCUAUUACCAGAUGACAUUGAGGAUAAAUCUACUGGUCUGGAACAGCUAGAGAGGGAAUUGACAUAUGAGAAAUUAUCCAAGUGGACCAGCCCAGAAAUGAUGAAAACGUCUGAAGUGGAGUUGUUUCUGCCCAGGAUCAAAUUGGAAGAGAGCUAUAACCUCAAAUCCACUUUGAGCAGCAUGGGGAUGAAAGAUGCCUUCAUUCAGAGCCAAGCUGAUUUCACAGGGAUGUCUAACAAUAACGAUCUGUAUUUGUCACAAGUUUUUCACAAGUCCUUUGUUGAGGUCAAUGAAGAAGGCACUGAGGCUGCAGGUGGCAGUGCAGUCGUUGUAGCAGUGAGAACAUCCUUAAAUUCUGUAAGAUUUAAGGCAGAUCAUCCUUUCCUCUUCUUCAUCAGGCACAACAAAACCAACAGCAUCCUCUUCUUUGGCAGAUUCUGCUCCGUUCUAACCAUGGAUAACCUCAGUAAAUCAACACCCACCUUUUGCACUCAACCUAUUCAAAAGUUGAGUGAACCUGCCAAGACACAGAAACUUAUUCUUUUCUCUUUGAGUAUCUCCUCUGCUUUGUCCAUGUUUUUUUUGGGUGCAAAAGGCAACACUGCAGCCCAGAUGGUAAAGGUGCUUGCUUUGGACAAAGCUGAAGAGAUUCACGAUGGAUACCAGUCACUUAUUUCUGAAGUUAACAAACCAGGCACUAAUUAUGUGCUUAGGAUUGCCAACCGGCUCUAUGGGGAAAAGACGUUUAAAUUUCUUGCAACAUUUAUAGACUCCUGCCUGAACUUCUACCAUUCGGAGCUAGAACAACUUGACUUCUCUAGGGCUGCAGAAGAUUCCAGAAAACACAUAAAUGCCUGGGUGGAAGAAAAAACUGAAGGUAAAAUCCAGAAUCUGUUGGCUCAGGGUAUUAUUGAUUCGAUGACCAGACUAGUCUUGGUGAACGCCAUCUACUUCAAAGGCAACUGGGCAACCCAAUUUGACAAAGAUCGCACAGUGGAAGGGGAAUUUAAAAUUAACAAGAAUGAGACGAAACCAGUACAGAUGAUGUUCAAGAAAGCUAAAUUUAACAUGAACUACCUAAUAGACUUUCAGACCAAAAUCCUUGACCUCCCUUAUGUUGAUAAUGAGACUAGUAUGAUCAUCCUGCUUCCCGAUGAAAUCCAAGAUAAUUCCACUGGCCUGGAACAGCUGGAAAGAGAACUUACCUAUGAGAAACUUACAGAGUGGAUACAUCCAGAAAUGAUGGACUAUAGUGAAGUGGAAGUGUUUUUACCCAGAUUUAAGUUGGAGCAAGCUUAUGAUCUGAAGCCUGUUCUGAAGAGCAUGGGAAUGGCUGAUGCAUUUGAUGAAAACAAGGUGGAUUUAUCUGGAAUGUCAGCCAGCAAUGACCUAUUUCUGUCUGAAGUUGUUCACAAGUCCUUUGUGGAGGUAAACGAAGAAGGCACGGAGGCAGCAGCUGCUACUGCAGCGGUGAUCACUAUGCGAUGUGCACUGAUUGUACCACAGUUUACUGCUGACCAUCCUUUCCUCUUUGUUAUCCGGCACAACAAAACUGGCAAUAUUCUGUUCUAUGGCAGAUUUUGUUCCCCCUAAAAAAAAAAAAAAAAAAAAAAAAAAAAGUUGCAGCCCUUAACACAGUAAAGCUAUUUCCAUUUUACUAUCUUGGGAUUUUUUUUUGUACUCUAAGCAACAAGCUUUGUACAGAUGCUGUACAUUACAUGGUGCAACCCUAAACAGCCUUCUCUCUUGUGCCUGAAACAGCUUUUUAUAGACCUCUAUUCAAAUUUAAGCAACAGUUUUAAAUAACAGGAUCAUUUAAUAUUUUUGCCAAGUGGUAAGACUUAAAAUGGCAUUUGCCAUAGUUCACUGUAAAGCACCCCUUGUAUUCCAUAUACCUUAAUAAAUGCAGGGUUCCUUAACUUGAGCCCAUUUUUAGCCAUGACACCUUGUUUCCUGCAUCCCUCCAUCUCUGUACAUAUUACCGUAGAAAUUUGAUUCUCAUACUUGGGGUUUCUUAGCAGCAAGUGGUAAGAUCUCCUGGGGAGAGGAAAAAGAAAAAAGACUGACUUCUGACUGACCUUCAAAUGCUUUUUGCAAAUUUCCCUUCUCCCUCUCUCAUUUUCCAGACUGGUUCCUUCCAUGUCUAGCUAUGCAGCCAUCUAACAGAUUUUUAUGAAUGGUGUUUUCACAACUGUUACUCUUGGGAGAAAAUUGAGCAAGUACUUAUUCAAGACAAGGAAUGAAGUCAGCUCUACUGAAGUCAAUAGUAAAACAACUUCUUGACUUCAGUGGGGUCAGAAUUCCACUCUGCAUAUGUCUUAUCACUAGUUAACCUGGGUUACACUAAUAUUUUUAACACUUGUGAAAUAGGACAGACCUUUCUAUCUAUAGCAAAGAUUAUAAUAAAAAGCACAUACAGUAAAUUAAAUGUGAAAGCUCUCAUUUGUAUUUAGUGUAACAAACCAUGAAGACAAUAUGUAACUCAGCAGUUCGUAUAUCUUUUUCACCCUAGACUGAUAAUGCUAUAAACUGUCCCACCAUAAUGGCUUUAUCCAGUGAUUUUGGUAUUGCUGUUUCUGCUCCUUGAACCAACAAUAAAAGAACUGAUGUGAA